CUUUGCUGCUAAUUUUCUCAGGGAAGAUGACACAACCUAAAAGUCCUUUGCCGAUGUCCUGAAGUGGAAGAAGAAUGGGUGCGCUACGGGCAGAGCAUCCCUGUGACCUCAGAGCCCUAAAAUGAUGUCCGGCCCCUCCUCACCAUCUCCAGACUUACUGGGUGAAGUUGGGACUGUAAGAUGACACGGGGGGCUGUGACAGGGCUAUUGGCCUGAGGAUUGUGCAUUUCCAUAAAGAGGAUCUCCAUAUCCAUAUCGGCCGGCUCAUAUAUAAAUGUCCCCUCCGCCAUCGACUCCCACUGUCUCUGCUACUCCCUUGCCCCUGUCCGCCUGAACGUCCUGUGUUCCUUAGGCUGUGAAGAAAAUAAACCGCAAAUAUGUCUGAGAAAAAGAUGACCUCCAGCCGCAGGCAUCAUCUGAAGAGUUUGAUGCUUCAGAUCGCUGCCAGCUGGAUUGAGCAGGAGAAAAAAGAUAUUGUUGUUGCCAAAGAAGCUUACAUGUCUGAGAAAUGUCCCCCUCCAAACCUGGGCGGGGACCAGAGUGCUCUUAUGGAAACUUGCAAGAAGCUGCAUGCCCUCAUCGACAAGAUUGAUGAAGAGAGGUACGACAUGGAGGCUAAAGUACAGAAGGCAGACAAAGAGAUUGAAGACCUGAAACUGAAGGUGGUGGACCUGGCUGGUGUGAAGAAGCCUGCCCUGAAGAAAGUGCGUAUGUCUGCUGACGCUAUGCUCAAAGCUCUGCUGGGCUCCAAACACACAGUCAACAUGGACCUGAGGGCCAACCUGAAGCAGGUCAAGAAGGAGAAGAAAGAGGAGGAGGUCGCAGACGUGGGUGACUGGCGUAAGAACGUUGAAGACAAAGCCGACAGGAAGAAGAUGUUUGAGGCCUCCUAAACACACUCUAGUCGCUCUGGGCUUGUGGCACUUUUUAUGGAAUUUAUGGAGCUUUUUCAGUGAUUUCAAAUCAUGUGUUUCAUUAAAUCUGUGACUUCCAUCUCCA